AAAAUGAACCAAUCGGACAUACUCGCCCAGCACUCUUCAACGGCAGCAACCGGAGAGAACUAUGGAGACAACAAUCGGAACCGACCCGGUGAUUAAAGUCGCCGCUCUCUGUGGUUCUCUCCGCAAAGCCUCCUAUAAUCGCGGUCUCAUUCGUUAUGCGAUUGAGCUAACCAAGGAGUCAGUGAAGGGAAUUCAAAUCGAUUACAUAGACAUUUCGCCACUGCCUAUGCUUAAUACUGAUCUUGAAGGUCCCGCCGGUUCUUUCCCGCCGGUUGUUGAAGCUUUCCGGCAAAGAAUUCGUGAAGCUGAUAGCUUCAUUUUUGCUUCCCCUGAAUAUAAUUAUUCUAUCACUGCUCCAUUGAAAAAUGCAAUUGAUUGGGCAUCUAGAUCGCCAAACUGUUGGGCUGAUAAAGCCGCUGCAGUUGUGAGUGCUGGAGGAAGUUUCGGUGGUGGUCGAUCCCAAUACCAUCUUCGCCAAAUUGGAGUGUUCCUGGACCUCCAUUUUAUCAACAAACCUGAGCUUUACGUGAAUGCAUUUGCGCCUCCUACAAAAUUCGACAGUGAUGGCAACUUGAUUGAUCCAGCUUCAAAGGAGAGACUAAAACAAGUUCUCCUGAGCUUAUAUGCCUUUACUUUGCGACUCAAAGAAAAAUGUUAAGUUAUGCUGUAAUAUAGGCUCAUCCAUUUAUGCCAAUCAAGCAGUUAUUUGGUUGGUAUCUUCACUUGUGAUAGUUUUAAUUUGUUGAAGUUCUAAAUUCGAGUUUCAUAUGACUAAUAAUUCAUAUAAUUAGAUGAGAAUUUGUCACUUUUAUGGUGAA